CUGCUGAGCCAAUCGAAAUAUGUUUUUUGCCAAAUUAAUUUUUGUUUGCGCCACCAUUGUGCUGGUCAGUGGUAGUCCACAGUAUGGAGCACCCAGAACCUUGGACGCAACUGAGCUGGAGGCUGCCAAGGUCAGACUGCAGUCAUCGCUGACCAAGCUGGCAGCAGGCGAUGGACCACACUAUAGCAUUGCAAGAAUCAUUUCGUCUGAGACUCAGGUUGUGUCUGGACACUUGGAUACGUACGUGGCGGAGCUGGUUGAUACGCAGGGCGGCAAGAAGGUUUGCACCGUUAAGGUCUGGUCCAGAAGCUGGGGUGGACAUGGCUAUGAGGUGACCUUCGAGUGCCCCAAUGAGCAGGCAGUAACCAAGAAGCACAACUAAAGCGGCAUAUAUAGCUCUAUAUGGAAUAAAGCUCAUGACUCAAGUCUGCAGAAACAUAUGUUAA